CACAAGAGCAGUGAUUGACAACGUCAUCUCUCAGAUCCUUGGCGGCAGAUGAUCUACCGCAUGAAAUCCUCCCCAUGAUGAUGUACAUACUAAAUGGAGAUAUUGUGUGGGUAGUUAUGAUGCCUUUGCAAGAGCUUCAUGGUACGGCAGAAGGGUCUCCCGGCAUCAGACCCACGCGCAUCUGCAAUCAGGGUGCAGUAGGUAUGUCUAUCAACCUCAACAACAACAAAUGCAAGCGACAAGUCAGAGGACCCUCAUUUGCGCAUCUUCACACCACGGCGGCUUUUCCUCUACACAUCAUCCAGCAGUGAGCACGCCCCCACGUACGUCCUGGUGGCAGCCGGUGUCAGGACGCAGCAAAAACAUCGCGCACAGCAUGCAUCAUGCAUCAGCGACGUCGACCAUUGCAGUCCAUAUGUGUUCAUGGUCUAGAAUUCACAGCAGCAGAAUUAUUUCACACUGCUCACCGCCGCGCCGGCUCCAGCCGCCGCUUUGCCCGUCGGACCCCUCGCUCCGGAGAACACUUUAUUGAUAAAGGCCUCAGCGCUGAGAAAAUACUCCAUAGCCGCCACAGCCUUACCUACCGACCAGACUGCCGACGUUCUAGUUGCGCUGUGCUCGGCCACUUUGUGGAAAUGGGCAUCACCACCCCGAUAGCAGGGUGUAUGAAAAUGACAAUGACUGGAGACUCCAGCUCGCCAUGUCGGCCCUUUCGCCCUGGGCGGAUACGUGGAGGAAAGAAAGCUUUCUGUUAUGGUUGUCUUGGCUCCAAGGCAGACAGACAGGUCACAGAUGGAUGCAGACUGCAGUCAGUCCGUCCGAGUCUCGGAGCGAGCGGGGCUGCACCCGGGCUAUCCAUCAUUCAUCGCUGGCAGAGAGCCGCCGCCAAACUAGCCGAUACCCUAACGUCAAUCAAGUCUGUCUUCCGGGCUCGGGAACUGUCCGUAGAGGGUUGUUGGAGCGCAAGCGUUCGCACGCAAGCCUCUCUCGCCCAUGCAGACUAUGAGUAAGACCAUGAAGCCCUGUAGGUGCAGGCAGAGUCAUCACUCGUAAUAAGCAUGCACAGGGGGG